AUGAUGACAGCGGCUGUGGCGCUCUCUAUGGGUGACAUCGACGGGCAAGAUUUUGAUUCGAUGAUUGCACUGUAUGGACAAGAAGAUGAACAACGAGAAAUCAUCAUCAAGAAAGCCAGAGAUAUUUUGAAACUGGCGAAACAGGCGAUUUUUGCCCUACACAGACGAGACGUGGAACUCAGCGAACGUAACAUCAAACACUGUCGUAGAAUUGUUGCUGAGGUUGUACCAGUUACACAGGAAUUCCCUGCUCUUCGGUUCCUCGGCAUCUUCGUCGGAGCCCUCGAGGAGAUGGCUGAAGCUGAGAUCUUUUAUUCGUUCAUUUCCGAGCGGCGGCUGCCUCAGUUUGCAUCGCUCCAUCCUCUGCGCGUCGAGGAGUAUUUAGGGGGCCUCAUGGAUUUUACUGGAGAGCUCAAUCGCUUCGCCGUUCUCCGAGCAACCGAACAAGAUCUGGACACCGUCUCUGUCUGCAGAGACUUUGUGAACAAGAUCCACGAGAAAAUGCUGCUUCUGGACCUGCGAAACUCGCCUCUGCGCCGAAAGUAUGACACGCUGAAGUACACGGAAAAGAAACUCGAGUCUCUCUGCUACGAACUGCAAAUGGGGCAGCGCCUAAAAGGCGUUAUUCUCCCAUCGAUGGCUUUGGAGCCCGAACCGAUGCCAAAGGCGGACGCUGAGGAAAAGGAGGAAGGAAAGUAG